AUGGAGCGGCCACAAGGUGCUCUGGUCACUCGGCACGUGUGGGGGACAUGCACUGACGGCUACCCACAGUACGGCAGUCUGAAUAGAACUUUGAAUUCUCGCCUCGCUGAUACCACGUUGUCUAUAGCCGUGUUUCAUUAUAAAACAACGGCCCUUUCUGCUGUUAAAAGGACGUACUCCCAGACUUUUCUUUCGUGGACGGGUUCACGAAAGCCUGGAUUCCCACAUCGUCGCGGGGACAAUAACUUAUGGCCCGAGGAGCAGUACGAUAUUCUGCAUCCCCCUGAAGAGUGCUCUCAAUGCGGCGACUACGCCCGACAUCUCCUGUACCAUGGAUCCGGCUUUGGUGCCUCGCUAGAAGAGGCAUUCUUCAACCAGGCCGAAGAUUCGUUCGUUGAGGGCGUUAUAGAAGGCCGCCGGCUUCAGAGAGAGGACGACCAUGUCCGGCUCUCCCGCUACCACCUACGACUUGACGACAUGCGGCAACAGCGCGACGAGGCGCGACUGCUCCAACUGCGGCACAAUGACGAGGCCGAACUGCUCAAGGCCGAACUGGCAGAUGUGAAAGAUAUGCUUCUCGCCGUUCAGUUGGCCUACGAGGAGCUGUCGCUGGACAGGGCUGGCGUCGAUGGGCGGGUGCGCUCGUCAGCCAGAAUUGGUGACGGACUCUGGGAAACAGAGGCGGUCAGAAACCCUCAUGGACGAGGGUUUCCAGCUACGGACUGCGAGUCUGAGUCGGUCUCCUCAGGUUCCUCAAUCGACUCCUGGCCGAGCGACGUUCCAUCGUUCGAAGACGACGAGGCGUUUGAGGUCAUGCAGCAGCUGCAUCUCAUGGACGAAUGGGACAAAGAAGAUGGAGGUUGGCUCGAGCGUAUUCACCGUGAAGCACUCGAAAUCGACGAAAAGCCAUCGAGUCCAGAAUUGGUCAGCUCAGACUCCUCCGAAGACUCCGACCUUUCUUCCUCUCCAGCGAGCUCAAUUGUAGAUUUAGCACCGCCCGAACAUGGAAACCCUGUUCCCUCCACCGCCUCUACCCGCCGCGAACCGCUCACAAUUCCCCAACUCGACUUGCUGAUGGCUUCAGCUCAGUAUCCUACCAAAGAUCAGACCGCUCUUAAGCAGGUUCGCCUCCUCAUUCGGGCAGCCGAGCGCACUCCGAAGAAGAAAAGGUCGCCCGAACAGCUCUAUCUCCUCGCAACCUGGAGAAAGCCAUGUCUUUCGCACUCGGCGGCCUCUUCUUCAUCGUCAGUUCUUUCAUACGUGACUCCCUCAUCAGCCGCUAUUUCCGGUCUGCAUGGAACUCCAGAAAUAUUCGUCGAUGCGUCUGCCUAUGGUAUCGGCUUCAUCUUCAAGGACCGAUGGCUCGCGUGGACCUUCGCACCAUACCACCCUCUCAUCCCUCUCGGACCAGACAAACAUGUUGUCAUGUCGUGGGCGGAGCUCAUCGCCGCCGAACUUGGGUUGCUUACCCUCCUCGCGGCUGGGUAUCGCAACACAAAGAUCAAACUGAGGUCUGACAACGAAGGAGUCGUGAUGGCACUGAAGACGGAGCGUUGGACGCCGAGGUACGGCCUUGAUAGCAUUCUCCAGCGAGUCCUCCGGCUCUGUAAGGAUGGAGGGCUUUCGUUGCAGAACGUCUGGAUCUCAACGAAGAAGAACCCUGCCGAUGGCCCGUCACGGGGAGCUUAUCCUCCUCGUAGGCUGAUGUUCGACCAUUGCCCUGAGGUUCCUCAACACUUGGCUGGUUUCUUAUUGCCCGUUGAUCCGGCGAAGCUACGGAAAUGA